GAAUUUACAUCACACGAUGAAAAAAAUGGCGCCUCUUAUUUCUUCUUGUGGUUGUCAAGUGUUGAUAUUUUAGACGAUUUUACGAUUUAACAAUCAUGUCUGAUGCCUGUGAACUGCUGUUUUUUGACACUUUCUCCCACGAAAGCAACGAGGACACCAACUUAGACCUGGUGCAGUUCCCAAAGCCGGUGUACAUUCACGAGAUACGAAUUAUCCCUUUGGGUGCUCGUGUUCAGGCAGACUUUCCUGGUGGCCAUAGACUUGGAGCUACAAAUCCUUCACAAUUUCAAGUGGAUUUCUUCGUGAAUGACCUGAGCAAGAGAAACGCAAGCACCUUUGAGCGUCUAGGAAGUUUCGAAUACAGACAGAAUGCUGAAAUUCAGUUCAUCACCAAAAGGAUACCAACAGACGGCCUCGUGCUUCGUGGCUGGUAUAGUGCUAUCACGUUGGCCGUGUACGGUGUCAUCAACAAAGUGGUGCGGGAGCCCUCAUCCCCGCCUCCUCCGCCACCACCUCACACAGCACUGCCAAACAAGUUGAAGGAUGGUAUUCCCAAAUCCAAGUGGAAACUCUGCUCUAUGGUAGCAUCCUGGUUGGACGUUGUAAAUAGCAGCGAUGGCCCAGAACCGUCUAGGCCGCAGGAGUUUGAGCGUCCACCCCCUUCCACCGAACCAGUGCCUAGUGCGCCUCAUGAUUGGCAGUCUCAUCCGUCGACGUCUGCUCCUGAAGCGACCCCGGUCACGAUCGAGUCUCACACACACCCUCCACAGCGGCACCAACCUGAGCAUGUUGAUCAGCGCAGGCCCGUGGCAAUCUGUACCUAUAAUGACCCACGGCCUGCAUUCUCUGCUCAGUACACUUCCCCACCAACCUUUCCUCCCAAAAUGUGGACUCCAGAAAGUGAAGCCCUGCGUCGAGAAUAUGAACGGGGUCCACCAGCGCAGGUGGCCCCACAGGGCGGAAUGCCCAUGAACUAUCCCCCACCGCGAGCGGCUGCUCAUGUUCCUCAACAAAUCCCUGUGCAGCAGAUGCAACAUGUGACGUUGAAACAGUCUUCUUCAGUCCAGCACACUACAGCGCAGCACCUCCGGCCAGAUUCUCAAGAGCGUUAUACUCCACCGCCUAUCCAGAGGGAAGACGUUAAGCCACAGAGGAGGGAGCCGCUACCACAGAAGGAACGUGAAGCGGAGGACUUGACAGACCGUAGAGGGGCAAGGGGCGGAGAACCUGCACGCAGUGAACCUGUUCGAGGGGAAGUCAUCCGUGCAGAACCUAUUCGGGGUGAGGCAAUCCGCGUUGUGGACCCGCGGAGACCGGCACCUUCGAGACCACGGAGCCCUCCUUCGAGAACGCCUCCGCCGAGAAUGUCGCCUCGAACCCCUCCACGUACUCCGCCUCGCACACCUCCAGAAGAUGUCGGGCUGCGUGGUCCAAGAACACCAAAGGAAGAAGAUGAAGUAGAGCAGGAGGUGCCACCAAGCAAGGACAUUGAAAAGAUGGCUGCUCCGAUUCCGACGGUGACCACUGUGAUUCCUACGGAGCCCGUUAUGGACACUAGGCUGGAAGAUGACGACCUUUUCGAAGCGAUUAGUCCAGAGGCUUCCCCAGAUGCGUUUCAGGACCUGGAAGACGAAGAAGUUCCUGGAGGCGAAGGAAUGGCUUCUGUUGGGGAUGACAUUGGAUUUGAGGAAAUUUCGAGUGAGGAAGAUGCUUACCUCUCCGAUGGAGAAGGUGGAAUUGGAAUGGUGGAUGUGGAUUAUGACGUGACAGAUGAUUCGUGGAACUAUAUGUCUAGUUUUGAUCCUUUCCAGUGUGAAUUAUCUCCUCUCCAGUACUUCAAAGACCCGAGCUUGACGGCAUAUGAAAUGAAAAAGCAAGCAGGAUCACCUGAAGAACUUUCAGAAGAUGCAGAAAAAGUUCUGGAAAGCCUCUCAUACUUUUUAGACAAAGACCAUGAUGAAAAAUGGGUAGAGGCUCUUGAAAAUGCGGCUGUGCACUUCAGUGCCGAAGCCCUGGCAGUGAUCUUCGGGAAGAAAGAACAUGAAACUGCCUGCAAUACUCUUCUGGAAUGGGUUGGGGAAGCAUUGGAUUUCAAGGUGGCUUUGGCACAAACACAACCUGCCUACAAAGUGCGUCACAUGAAAGCUGGCGUACGCUUGGUGACGACGCUCUUCCUCACUGGAGACGAUGUUAUUGCCAAGCUUCUGGAGCGUGGUAUCCCUGGCAAGCUGCUUCAGCUGUUCAUGGCUCCUUACAUGUCAUUGCCAUUGAAGCUGCAGAUUUUAAGAGCUCUAGAUGCGGCUACAUACACCCGGGCUGGCAUCGCGCACCUAUUCACUUGCAAGGUUGCUGCUCCACCUGAUGCCCAAGUACAGCUGGACCAGUCGUCCCUCACUGACUCACUAAGUGACCUCUAUGAAACGAAGAAAUCUGAACUGAUGUCUGGAUACCAAAUAUUGAUGAAACUUCUCUUCCUGAAACAGUCCACCAGAGCCACCGUUGCUCUGACAGCCCUCUUGAAGAAGCUUCAUCUUUGUGACCUGCUCAGAAAGCUGUGUGGCACGAUCACCAAGAUUGCCAAAAGUACCAAAGUUCGUGAGACAAAGGAGAAAGAUGCAGAAGGCAAUGAACAGACUCAAAUUGAAUUUGAUGUGGCAAGAGGUGAAAUAGGGGAAGAGGAAUUGAAUCGAGUUGCUGUGUCACUCAACCUACUCUGCCGCACAUACAAGCACGCUUGUAGAGAACUGGCUCAACCACUAAGAUACCUUCCAGCACAAAGCCGUUUCGAAUUACCUAAAACACUGUAUGAUCCAUACCCAGGCCUCUUCAGAAUGUUCAAAGAGAAUCACCUGCUGGAGAUGCUGUGCAUUCUGGUUUCAUCCCCACUCAGUGCACCUCAUACUGGCAUAAUGAAAGCGGUCCAAGACAUUCUUGCAGAACUCUCAAACACUUGCUCUGGAAUGUUGUUCCUGCUGUCCGAUGUUAACUUGGCGAACUGUUUACACAGGGCGCUGCUUCAGGAUGAUGUCCAAGACAGCGAUAACUCUGGUGUCAGCCACCAAGUUGGCAUGCACUUUGUGUACCAUCUACAGGCGUUGCGGUUUGUUGACCACCUUCUAGCACAUCAUGAUAAAGAGGAUCUGAAGGAGGAGUUAGACGACACAGAAGUUGUGUCCAGCCUACACCACUUGUACACCAUGAUAUUUACCGAUAUUGGAAAGUCAGCUGUGGUCAAUGUUUUGAGCAUGGGCCACAAUUUGGACGCUCUUGUUCCUUUUCUCAGAGUCACAGGUGAUCCAGACUUCGAUCCAAAGCUGUGCAAAUCUGUGUGUUCCGGUUACGCCACUGAACUUGUGCUACUCACUGUCCACUACUCGGACAGUGUCAUGUUUCUCCAGAACUAUUCCGAUGUUCUGUAUGAACUCAGCCAACAAGAAUCUACUCCACGCCUUCUGGAGCUUGGGUUGUGGAUGGAACCCACGUGUAAACUAAGUUCGUACAACCACGAGGGGGUCACGCAUCUAAUGGGUUGCGUGAAGAAGAGUGCUGAGCACGCUGCUUCACUUCCUCCCGAGCUUGUGACCGCACUCCGCAUCUUGCGGCACCUCGGGCUGCCAUCAAACUUCCGCACAAGAGAAGCCGAUGAUGAAGAAGAACUCAAGUACAAGUACGUCAUCAUGCAGAUCUUUGCCCAUGACGGUCUCUCUGUGUUCCUGGGCAUCUUACAGAGUGUGUCGGAAGAGUUUCUGAAACCUUUCCGUCAGUCUGCUGCUUUAGUUGGGCUCCAAGGUGCCCUGGUUGUUUCAUUGGUAACACCCAUCAUUGGAAUGCUGCAGUUCAUGCUGGGCUACCUCAUUUCGUGCCGAGGAACAGAUUUCAAAGAUCUGACUGCAGUUCCUGUACUGCUUCAAACUCAUACCUUGAUGAGCAUGAUCCCAUUAUCUUCAUCGUGUUACAACCAGGCACAACAGGUACAAGUGGAAAUUGUGGAAACCCUACUCACCUACACCCAGCCAUAUUUGGGUGCUGCUGAAACGGAGGAAGCAUUGAACAAGAGCUUGUGGACCCAGAUGAUACACGAAGUGCUCAAGUACACUCUGCGUGCGCCAUACACCUUUAUUACGGGCUUGCGGAUAUUGUCCGAGCUGCUGCCUCUGCCGUUGCCCCUGCAAAUAAGAGAGCCCCUCAGCAAGGAAGACUUGGAGAAAGUGAUUAACAGCCGCAAACUCUGGAGUGCUCAUCUUCAUUCUCUGAGUGCAGAUUUUCAAGAAAUUGUUGGUACACUAAGCUAUUCGACUUGUCCAAUAGUCCAGCAGCUAUUUCGCCGAAUUUGCAUCCAGCUUUCUGACUUGGCAUCUCCAUCUGCAGCAGUCACUGCCAGAGCCCUCUUGGACGUCAUGUAUGAUUAUUUUGCCGAAAUGACGACACCCGUGAGCACUUUGACGGUUGGGUCUCCCGUACCGUUUGCUCAAGAGGAACUGAAGCCUACUCAGGUUCUCCCGCCAGUUAAGCCCUGCUCCGCUACAGGGGGUACCCUGGGACUCUUUGACCAUAUUGCGUACCUUACCACUCACCCGCCUUUCAAGGCAGCACUACUGCACGCGCUGAAGGCAACCAAGUACAGUGAACUCUUCGCCCACCUCCUGGGGCUUGUAAAUCUGCCAAGCGAAGAACUGUCUCAUAUACAUGCACAAGAGAGCAUCCUGUCGAUUUUGCAGCCUCUGUGUGAUCCUGACAUAGCACUCGUGCCCAUCAUGGAUUCCUCCUCCAGUGUGAACAUUGCUAGCCGCGUUGUUAAUGAAGGAGCAUCAGAAGAGAAGUCGGAUGUAAGAGAAAACAACAUGAUGAAACGGCUCAUGAACUCGUUGCUCUCAAAAGAGCAGUUGCAAGCAGUCAGCAUAGCACUUGUACAGCACAUUGGAAAUCCACUCCAUGGGUUCACAACUUUAUUGGCUGCCACAAGAAUUUUAGCUAUGCUUACUGAACAUGACGUUGGAUUCUAUUACGUCAAGGUUGCUCUGGAUAAAGACCCUGUUGCUCUGAAAUCCCUGCUCUCUCAUCUGAGUUCUGGCUUUAUAAAAGACAACCCUGACUACCUUUCAACUCUGUCAGCAACACUUGAGCUACUUCGUGCACUCACGUUGGUUGAAGAAGAGAACACAGUAGCAUACCUCAGAAGCUCACGUUUGGGAACAACACAGUUGGCAACGUUGCUGGAAUGGAAAGGCUGUGGGUCUGAACCUCAGCACCCAAUUUUGCAACUAGAGAAAAUCCUCACAGAAUAUUUCAGGAUAUGCCUAGACUGCUCCAAUGAAGAGGAAGGUCUCGAAAGUUUGUUAGGCACUAUAACAAAUCAGAUAGAAAUUCUAAACAAAGCCAUCACAACUCCAGACAAAGUAGAGAAAGACAUGAUCGAGCCAGUCGUGCCGACACAAGAAAGCCUUGCCGUCCAAUUUGCAGCACGAGUUGUCUACGUCCUCGGUGAAGUGGACGAGGAGCGCUUAAACCCAGCUUUCUGGUUGUCAUCAGUGGUGGGGGAUUCGGAACAUGAACCUGAACAGGUUGAGGCGGAUCUCGCAAGCACAAUGGAGCAAAUUGUGCCAGACUUCAAUCUGAAAAAUGAACUGGAAAAGCUGGCUUUAUCAGGGGAUGAUGAUCAGGAUGGAAAGAAGAGCGCGAUAGCGGGCAAACACAAAUCUCAGCUCAUGAUGGGAACGGAAACAGAUGAACCAGCAAGCAAAAAACCAUUCAUUGCUCCGAUGCGUGGUCGGGGCUUUCCGAGCCGUGCCAACCUGGGACACUCGACGAGAGCAAAUGACCCGUUCCGCUCCAGGCCCCCGAACACGAGUCGUCCUCCGUCAAUGCACGUGGAUGAUUUCUUGGCCCUGGAGUCUAACCACCAUCCCAUGCCACCUGGAUUGGCCAAACGACCAUCGAAGGAAAGCAUUCAUGGACACGGCAGGGGGAAUGGAAGUGGAGUUGGAAGCUUUGAAGUAGGACGUGCCAUACCUUCACGAGCCAGCAGUCGUUUCUUCAGUCCUCCUGGUGCAGCAUACCCUCGCAGGGAGCCCAGUCGUAUGGACAGGGACUUCAGCUCAGGUGGUGUGUUUGGAGCUGGAGGAGCCCGACACAGUUCUAUAGUGCCACGAGUGAUCACUGCCUGGGGUGAUGGCCGUUCUGCACCAAUACUGUCCAGGCCCAUCAUUAGUGGAGUUCCUGGAACGGGCAGUAGCGGAGUGCCCAGGCAGAUCAUGAGUGGAGUGUCAGGAGCUGGAGGAGGCAUGCCAGGGGAUAUGUCACCGUUCUCAAGGGGGAGCCGUGAUGUGUACGGGAACCCGGGAGUUCCGGGAGCCAGUAUGACUUCAGACGGACGUUUCUCCAGGGGUAUCCGAGGCCAAGAUUUGGUACCCGGCCAUGCAACUACACACUGGAUAGAUCCUAGGGCAAAGGUUCCGGAUUCCAGGUUCAUUCCGACCACUAACGGCAGUUCAUUGAGGGGACGCAGGGAUGGUGGAGGAAUGGUGGGGCGUCAUUUGCGAACCUUCACUAGGUGAAUAUCACACAAGUGUAAAAAAUGCUGUUUGCGUGAGAAAUGGACUCACCAACCGAAACUGAACUUCGCAGCUGUGCUUAUACGCCUUGUCACAGUGACAAGCCACAUGUGCGACAAUAAAUAUGAUAA